AUGAAUACAUAUAAAGAAAUAAUGAACGAUAGUAAACUCACUAUCAAGGAUAAAAUAAUAGAAAAAAUCCAAAAAAAAAAUAUGGAACUUUUAUAUAGUGAAAGAACAGUGAAGUGUGACCACUGUGAAAUAGAAGAAGUGCUGGAAAAAAAUAGAAUACUGGAAAGCAAAUACAAUGAAACGUUCGACUCGCUGAAUAAAGUGAGAGCAAUAGUACUGGAAGUGUCGGAACAGUUGCUGGAAAAGGAGUUCAGAAUAACACAUCUGGAAAAGAACCUACACGAUUCAGAGAAGAAGGUGAGCCAAUAUGAAGAAAAGGUUAAUGAGAUGAGCGAAAGAAUGUGUCAGCUGAAGACGGAGUUGAAGGAAGAAAAUGGGAUUUUGGAGAACCAAAUAAGAAGAAUGACGGAAAUAAUAAGAGACAAGGACGCGAAGAUACUCGCAAUGAACAAGGACAACUCGAGAGCGGGACUGGAGAUGAAGGAGAUGAAAAAAAAGAACACGGAGCUCAUGGCGCAGCUGGAAACGACGUGCGAUAACCUGAACACGAUAGUGAGGGAGACGAACGAGAGGGAGAAGAUGCUGAACAACCUGGAAAACGAGUUGAAGAACAAGCAGAUUGAGCGCCAGAAACUGUACCUUAACGAGAUCAACAGGAACAAGAGAAUGUUCAUCAACAUAAAGGCGAAGGAGAACAUGAUGGGUCAGAUCAUCCACGACAAGAACACGAAGAUAAGUGACAUGAGUAAGGAGAUAAGGGUUUUGCACGACAAGCUGGAGAGGAUAUCCACUGCGUUCAGCGAAAUAGCGCUAAACGGCUACGAGGACAGCAAACACGUGCUCGCGAUAUCGAACUCUACGAAGAGCAAGGUCGAGUGCACGGUCUCGACGCCCUGCGACAUGAAGAUGUUAAACGGAACUGCAAAGAUAACGAUUUAG